AUGCCAGGGGCCAGGGACGCGCUCUGUCACCAGGCGCUGCAGCUGCUGGCCGAGCUGUGCGCCCGCGGGGCCCUGGAGCACGACAGCUGCCAGGAAUUCAUCUACCACCUGCGGGACCGCGCCAGACCCCGGCCCCGCGACCCAGAUAUCUCAGUGAGCCUGCUGACCCUGCUGGUCACCGCCUGUGGCCUCGCUCUCUUUGGCGUGUCUCUCUUCGUGUCUUGGAAACUCUGCUGGGUUCCGUGGCGAGAACGAGGCCUGUUCUCUGGUAGCAAAGACAAUCAGGAGCCUCUUAACUACACGGACACAGAGAUCAAUGAGCAGGAGAACAGUGAGGGCUUUCUAGACUCUCCCAGCCCCUGCCCUGACUCCUCCAUGAAGAUCAGCCACACCUCCCCGGAUAUCCCCAUCUCCACCCAGACGGGGACCCAGGAGAACUGUGCCCACGGCGUCCGCGUGAAGCGCCAAGUCACAGAGCCAACCUCGUCAACUCGGCAUAAUUCAAUCCGAGGACAACUCAACCUGUCGAACCCGGACUUCAACAUCCAGCAGCUGCAAAAACAGGAACAGCUGGCCGGGAUUGGCCGCAUUAAACCGGAGUUGUACAAGCAGAGGUCACUGGACAACGAUGACGGGAGAAGGAGUAACAGCAAAGCCUGUGGGAAACUGAACUUUAUUUUAAAAUAUGACUGUGACCUAGAGCAGCUCAUCGUGAAGAUUCACAAGGCCGUCAAUUUGCCCGCCAAGGACUUUUCUGGGACCUCAGAUCCUUAUGUCAAGAUCUACUUGCUCCCGGAUCGGAAGACAAAACACCAGACGAAAGUUCACAGGAAGACCCUGAACCCCGUGUUUGACGAAGUAUUUCUGUUUCCUGUUCCCUACAACGACCUUGAAGCCCGGAAGCUGCACUUCUCUGUGUAUGACUUUGACAGGUUCUCCCGCCAUGACUUGAUCGGCCAGGUGGUGGUAGACCACUUCUUAGACUUGGCUGAUUUCCCCAGAGAGUGCAUCCUUUGGAAGGACAUCGAGUAUGUCACCAACGACAACGUGGAUCUUGGCGAGCUGAUGUUUUCCCUCUGCUACCUUCCCACCGCUGGCAGGCUGACCAUCACUGUUAUAAAAGCCAGGAAUUUAAAGGCCAUGGACAUAACAGGAGCAUCAGACCCCUACGUGAAAGUCUCCAUGAUGUGUGAGGGCAGGCGGCUGAAGAAGAGGAAAACGUCCACCAAGAGGAACACCCUGAACCCUGUUUACAACGAAGCCAUGGUCUUUGACGUCCCUCCCGAGAGCAUUGACCAAAUCCACCUGUCCAUCGCGGUCAUGGACUACGACCGUAUAGGUCACAAUGAGAUCAUCGGCGUGUGUCAAGUAGGCAACACAGCCGAGAGGCUGGGCAGAGACCACUGGAGUGAAAUGCUGUCAUACCCUCGGAAGCCCAUUGCACACUGGCAUUCCCUGGUGGAGAAACGAUGA